AUGCGCCGUUUCAGCGGCGGUCGAACAGUACACGAGGUACUGAAAAAGUUGGCUCGGAGUUUCUGUAGACAAUACAUGCAAAGGGGCAGUGUCAUAUUUGGAGACAGAUCGAGUUGGCUGGCGCUGUCGAGUGUUCUACCGCUACAUGAGCUCUUAGAACUGCCUGUUGACAUAGCGGCGAUCUACGACUGGGAAACGCCCGUGCGAGAGCUGGCAGUGCGCGAACUCUGGACCAGCCAGGUAGGAGCAGUUAUUCCCAUCAUAUUUUUGAUCGGGUGUGAGGUGCCGAGUUUGCUCGAGGACGGUCUAAUCUCAGCUAUUGUCGAGCGUGUUCUCGCUGUCAUAGAGCCCCUCAGUAUCGUCACUGAACGAGACACUGACCCGAGCGUCGCAGACGCACUGCAGCUCCGGGUGUUGCUCUUUACGACUUGGACGAACGCCGAGGCCGCCCAAGCCUGGCGAGUACGUCAGUCUGCAACGUCCUGGAGCGCCUCCGAGAUGCACCAUUCCUCUGAAUUGUCUCGCGAUGUCGGGCGUGGUGAAACUUCGCGAGAAUCCCUUGGUGAACUUUUUCCUUACGCAGCGCUUAAGGCACGUAUCGAGCGAGAGGUGCUUCGUCGCUACACCGCAACCUGUGCGGCGUGUCGCGGUUCACCAGGGGAGAUUCCUUGUCAGCGUCACCGACGGGAUCUUGACGUGCAGAGCUGGAUACUGUACGCACCUCUUUUGGCGAUGUAUUCGGCUUUUCCGAGUCAGAACUUGGGGGUGUUAUCUCCAGGAUCGUGUGCUUGGUAUCAAUGUAUCGGCUUUGGGGACGACGUUAAGCCCUGGACCCAUCCAAGGAUACUUUUUGAGCAAAGUCUGACGGAUUCUCUCGCCGAUGCCGCUCUACGGGUGUCACGCGAAGUCGCUGCUCUAUGCGCAGCGUUGAAGUGCUCGUGCACGGGAGCGUUUGUACUCGGGCGUGCUCCAGUCGCAGAUGCUAUCGCGAAACGCUUCGUAGAAUCUUUAGAAUGUGCAGAAUCGGAAAUGGCGGACCUCGAACUCGCGAAUUACGAAGGAUUACGGAUCGAUGACCUUCAACGCCUCGAGUCGGAUUUGAGUGCUACCCCCGUGCGCAUGUGUGUAGUGUUUAUGGAUCGGCUGUUGGACGUUGCGUCAGCGGUUCGACACGCGAACGGCAUGGAUCCAGCGAUCCAUGACUGGUUCGGAUGUCUAUUGGCGUCGCAGGGACACGUAUUGGAGAAGGUAUCUCGUCGGUUUCUAUAUUCUGAAUCCGAUGCUGGCUCUGAUCUCGACUGGUUCAUUGCGCCGCUGGGGGGUGUUUCCGGGACAAGGGCGCUUCUCUCGACUGGUGAAUUCACCGAAGCGUUGCUCGAGCGGCAGCACGAUGUGGCAGCGUUUCUUUCCUUUGUGAAGAAGCAGCUUUCUUUUUUGGCGACGCCGCAGCAGACCUUAGCCAACAAGGCGGUGCACACACGGCCUGCAGAGACUGUCCGUUGUUCAUCGAUAGCAGGGCCGCCACGUCCGCCACGCCGAAAACUGGGCGCCACACGUCUGGGGCGCGUUUCCACCGCUGGCGUUGGCGUAGAAAAUUCACAAGCGGUACCCAGUGCGAUGUCUCAUCCAGAUACGGAAAUUGCAAAUGCGUCAUCAGUGGAAAAAACCGCAAGUCUUGGAGAUCAGGUUGAGCAGAUGCGUACGCUGAUCGAAAGCGUCUGGGAUGCUCUGGAACCUCGCCAGCGCGUUCGCCAGAGUGGCCUAUUCAUCUACGCUGCCACUGCGAUAUGGUGCGCGGCGACAAUGCUCCAGGAUGCGGACACGAAGCAGCAUGCAGACCCCAGCGUCGAGGCGGCAUGCACCGAUGAACAAAGACUGCAGUCGCUGCUCCAGCUGGCUCGGAACUGGGCCUCUGCCGGCUUUUCAUUGCAUCACAUCAUGGACGAGCUCCUUGAUGUCAUUUCAAACCAGAAUCUCCACCGAGUGGUGCUACCGUUCCUUGCAUACACGUGCUCGGUACUGGACUGGAAGGCGGACGCAUCCGAGGCCGAGCGUACCCGCUUGUCCGGGGCUAUUGAAGCUGCCGCGACGCGAGCCGGGGAUGCCUGGAUACGAGACACCGCAAACCUGCUUGUAGAUCGCCUCUUUGAAUUGAGCAGCAUUUCAGCCCACAAUGGACCGGAUUAUGAAGCUGUUGCAAGCGUUUGGACAAACUGGCUCAAUAGCACACUGGUUGAGGCUGUGCAGAGCGGCACGGCAAACGCGACGCAAAGCAUGGGCGUCUUGACCCUGCCGGCCUUAUUAUUUGCCUCACUCGAGGGUGCCAACACGAAUCUGAGUUUUCACCCACGACGAAAAGGAAGCGCGCUCGCUGCGAUCGCUGAAAUCAUAGGCUUUCCACGCGAGUCACGCGGAGCGCAGGCGUCCAACUCCAACGUCCCACAACUCCGCGACCACGACCUCAUUCUAGUAUGUGUUCCGAACGGUAUCACCGUUUCAGAGCUGCGAGCAUUUCAAGCACUCUCGCAAUACUAUGAAGCCUCUCACAAACAAAUCCUCUACUUACAACGCGGAUUCCAAUUCGUAGAUCGCCGAAAGCUCCUCGCGGUGUGCUUCGGUGUCGAGGGCGACGGGCGCAUCGACGAAUUGCCAGCGGCGGGUGCCGUCGAUCAGCCGGCGAUGCGUGCGCGCUAA